AUGUUGGGUGAAUGGAGGAUUACGGGCUUCUAUGGCAGGCCCAAUAGGAAUGAAAGGAGAGCUUCUUGGGCUCUCUUGAGGGAAUUAGCUAGUCAAUACUCUUACCCUUGGGUUUGUUGUGGGGACUUCAAUGCCAUUUUGACCCAAGAUGAAAAAAGGGGUGGUAAUUUUUAUCCUACUUAUUUGGUUCAAGACUUUAGAGAUGCAGUACUUCAAGCUGGGCUUUCUGAUGUCAACAUGAAUGGAUACAAAUAUACUUGGGAUAAUGCAAGAGAUGAUGAUGAUUGGGUGGAAGCCAAGCUUGACCGUUUUUUGGCCAAUGAUGAUUGGAAGCGGCGAUUUGCGCUGUCUAAAGCUGCUGUCCUGGACUACAGCUCAUCUGAUCAUUUGCCCAUCUUAUUACAGGUUCGUAUUUUCUUGCCUCGCCAUUCCCCUCGUUUAUUUCGUUUUGAGAAUACUUGGGGCGCGGAGAGUGGUUGUCGCGAAAUUGUUGAGGAAAUCUGGUCGGAUCCUUCCCUGGGUUCGGUUUUGGAGAAGUUACAAUUUUGCAGUGUUCGUUUGGGUGAGUGGGGAGAUAAUCUGCGGAAACUUUAUAAGCAGGAGAUUGACGAUUGUAAGCGGGUAAUGGGUCUCUUAAGGGGUAAGAGAGAUGCUCAUAGUCGAGAAAGCUUUAGGAUGGCCAAAAGCAAAUUUCUAGAUCUUCUUCGCAGGAAAGAAUCUUAUUGGCGUCAGAGAGCAAAGGAAUUUUGGUUGAAGGAGGCGAUCAAAAUACAAAAUUUUUCAUCGCAGCUACUAUCGGACAAAGGAAAAAGCAAUUGA